AUGGCGCACUGGGCGCGCUGCCGUGCAGUGCAGGUGCGUGCCGCGAAAUCUUCGGCGUUCAGGGCCAAGACAGCAGUCCAAGCUCUGAGAUCUCAUCACCUUUGGAACGAUGCCUUGAAUCUGAUGGAAGUCUUGGCACAGAGACGAGCUUUGCAGGAUGUCCCCAUGGAUCUCUGCGUGGCACUGUGUCAAGAGAGCCAGCUAUGGAGGCGUGCCUUGAAGCUUCAGGAGAUGGGCCUGAAAUCUCUCUCAGAGGCAACCACGGAAGGCCGCAUGAAAGAAGCCGCGCAAAAGGGUUGGCAGGCAGUGGCGGAGCUGGUGUCUGGAAAUAUGCGGAUGAACCCGGCUGCUGCGCACAUGGCGAUGAAGGCGCUAUCAGCCAGAUAUUGUUGGCGGCUUGCUGUAGAACUGACCACGAAAACGGCUGACGCCGACUCUGCUCUCAUCAACCAAGCUGCUAGCACUUGCGUGCGUUCUGAGCAUUGGCAAGAAGCUCUGGCCAUUUUGAGCCAAGGUCCGACAGGCCCAGCUUCCAGCGUGGCGGCCGGGGUGGCGUUGGAUGCCGCGCAAAAGGGGCAAGCCUGGCAGCUGGCCCUGCUGAUGCUGGCUGCAUCAAAUGCCUCGAAUUUGAUCUCCUGGAAUGCUGCUGCAGGGGCUUGCCGGGGUCAUUGGGAGGUGGUGCUUGCCCUCAUGUCUGAGAUGAAUACGCGUGAGCUGUGCCCUGAUGUCGUGGCCUACACAGUGGCGGUUGCGGCCUGUGGCCAAAGCCUGCGCUGGCGCCACGUGUUGUCCCUUCUCCAAGAGUCUUGUGGAGACUCCGUGACCCUUUGGGCUGCCUGGCGGGCGAACGAGGCUGUGAUGAGACCUGCAGAUGUUGACCAUGGCGUGAUGACUUUGCGGGACACGCUAAGGAGGCUGAGAAUUUUUGACUCGCAACGUGGCUUUAGCUUGGCAGUCUCAGCAUCUCAGCUCUUGUGGCAAGAGCAGGCGCUUCCGAAGGAGUUGCAGCACAUGAUUCGGUGUUUGUAUGGGGAAGUGCUGCGAAACUUGCAAAAGCUGCGCAUGAAUUCUGGACCUCCGACCGACAGCUUCGAGCUGGCGCAACCUACGUUGGGGUCCAAAGCCAGAUCUGCUUUGCUGCUCGGAGAUUUUAAGGCGACUUUAACUGGAUCCCGACAGCUGACCGUGGGUUUGCUUCAGAUUACUGCUGUUGGUGAUUGGCAUGACCGAGAUCUCUGGCGUCGCGCCAUGGAUGUGUUGGGAUACAUGGAGGAGGAAACCAUCCAACCUUAUGUGCUUACCUUGAAUUUGGCGCUGGAGAUUUGUAAGGAUUGCCGAGCGUUGAGGCCGGUGUUCCAGAUCUACGAGGUGAUUGCUCCACGCGUGCGGCCAGAUCCAGGCACCUUCGAGCACUUGGCCUCGACGUGCGUGAUGGCUCCCGGUCAAUACUGGUGGAGAGCCAUCCGCUACAUGGAAGAGGCUCAGGUGGCUCAGGGCCUACAUCCGCAGCAAAUGACUGUGGCUAUUGCCAAGUCUAUCAAAGCCUGUGUCGACGCCUCCUCCUGGAGUGCGGCGCUGUUCCAUCUUGGUCACAGGCUGAAGUUGGAUCUCAAUCCCGUUCCGGGGAGAGCAGCACAAAUGGAUGAAGCAAUAAAGAACUACCUGGAGGACGUCCGUGCCGGGAGUUUGGGUGAGAGAGGCGAAGGUAUCACUCGCUCCAUUCGGAGUCGGACUUGGUCAGAUCGUUGGCACUGGCAACCAGAGGUGCCGGUGCGGCGCAUCCGGGCCUUCAGCUCGACCUUGGGUCGAGGCUCACGGCCUACUUUUAAACUGUCGCAGCAGGUCACCGCAUUGGGACGCUUUCCAGCCCCUGAAGUGGUGGAAGGUUUGGAGAAGAACUACCGAAAGCUUUGGCUCAGACAGGCGAAAGACAUGUCGCAGGAGCUCUUGGGUUUGGAACUGCUCCGAAGCAGUGGCACAUUGCAUUUUGAAACCCAAAAGGCAUUCCGGAGGACCCGGGGACGCUCCAUCCUGGGGUUGCGUCUCGUCAUGGGCUACAGAAAACGAUGGGCCUUGGAUGCUUCCAAGUUGCUUCGAAAUGACCCCCUCUUGGAAUAUCAACCUGAGCUAGGUGCGCUAGGUGUGGAGGAAGCCUUGCGAUUUCUCGGCUUCAAUUCUGGGCGCUUUCGCAGCGUCCGACCUCACAGGAAGGACCGACUCCGGCUGCUCCGUCGCCACGGGACAACAAAGCUGCUGAAAGUCAGGCAAGCUGCUGUCCGUGGGCGUCUCCCAGUACGCCGCAGCGCUUCAAAAUUGGAGCCUGAUGAGCUUGCCAAUGAGCAGGCGCCGUCAGCCUGGAUCUCUUACCAACUGAUCUUGGAUACGGAUCUCGACCGGGAGAUGGAAACAACUCUACGCCAGCAGUGCGCUGGACGUUGCAUGGCAAGUGGCGAUGGAUUGGAUAGCCUCUUUUUGCCUCCCAUCAAGUCCUCUUCAGAACGAGCCACUCAUGCAGAACGAGUGGCGCUUUCCUCGAUGCUGAACCUUUUAAGUGGUGCAAAUCGCGUCGAAGGAGGAGUUCUCCUCCACACAGCUGCUGCCCUUUGCAUCUCGUGCCUUGCAGCCUUUUGCCACUGCAAGCGCCUUUUCCCGGUGCUGCGCUUUGAGAUCAGCUGGGAUUCGUCCACUGAGUCCAAGCGCUGGGUCGGUCAGGACAGAGAGACUCAGCGGUGGGAAAAGGAGCCGCAGCAGCCGCGCCACGCAUCAUUUCAGAUCCAGCAACCGUUGCAACGGUCGCAUAUUUCAUGUUUUUCAUGGGCUUAA